AUGUGGACCCGCGGUGCAGAGUCGGCGCAGAUGUCGCCGCCUACCUUCCCGCUCGACGGCCAGCCCUUCUCCGCGGCCGGGUCGUACCUCACCUUCAACUACCUAUCCAACGUGCGCGACCGGAGCAGCACGGUCGGGCUCCGGAGCGUGCACGGCGGGAUCCCGACGCCGGCCAUCUUCGACCUGGUUCCCUCUGCUCCGUCGUCCAAGGCGUUCGAUGCGAACUUCGAGCCGGAUGGCGCGCUGUCCAUCCCGACCGCGACCGCGGGCGACCCGGCGCAGGCGGCGUUCGACUCGCCGACGGUCGUGCGCAUCACUGCUCCGCGCAGCUCCGGCCUCGCACUCGCCGCUGCGAAUCUACGACUGUUCGACACGCUCACGCCCCUCGGGCCGGCCAAAUGGCAGUUCAUCAAGCGCAGCAGCGACAUCAUCCUCGGCGUCGAGGUCGUCUCGGGCUCUGUUGAGGUCGAGACCAAGUGGCACGGCGAGAUGAGCGACCCCGUGGUGUUCCAUCUCGCCCCGGGCACGGUAGUCACCAUAACCGAGCGCGUGGACGACGCGGUGGCUGCAGCGAACACCACCCAGCUGCCCACUUACGCCGAGUGGCUCGCGAAUGCGCCGCCAGCGCCAGCAGAGUACGCGUACGCGCGCGCGCUCGCCGCCUACGUGACAUGGCACACGCUCGUCGCGCCCAGCGGCCAGUUCUCGCGGCCGGCAAUGUACAUGUCCAAGAACUGGAUGGCGUCCGUGUGGUCGUGGGACCACUGCUUCAACGCCAUGGCGCUGGCAAGCUACCCCGCUCUGUGCUGGGCGCAGAUCGCGACCAUGUUCGAGCACCAGAGCGCGCGCGGCAACCUGCCCGACUCGCUCAACGACCGCGAGAUCACGUACGCGUUCAUGAAACCGCCGGUGCACGGGUGGACGAUCGACAAGAUGCACGCGGCUGGUGUGCUGGGUGACGCCGAGGUCGAAGCCGCGCUCGGCAAGCUGGACAAGUGGACCGACUUCUGGCUCUCGGAGCGCGUCGGCGCCGGGCGCAGCCUGCCGGCCUAUUACCACGGCAACGACUCGGGCUGGGACAACUCGACGGUCUUCGACCUCGGCGUACCCGUCGAGUCUCCCGACCUGGCAUCGCACCUCGUGCUCCAGCUCGACUCGCUCGCGCGUGCCGCGACGCGGCUAGGCCUGUACGACAGGGCGGCGGGGUACACUGUGCGCGCGGACGCGCUGUUCGCCAAGCUCGUCGAGACCCUGUGGGCCGGGGACAGGUUCACGGCACGCCACGUACCGAGCGACAGCGUUAUUGACGGCGGCUCGCUGCUACUUCUCCAGCCGCUAAUGCUGGGCGCGCGGCUGCCGGCGCACAUCCUCACUGCGCUCGUGAAACGCCUCGAGACAAGCGGGUUCAUCACGCCGUUCGGGCUAGCGACCGAGUCGACAAACAGCGACAAGUACACGAGCGACGGGUACUGGCGUGGGCCGGUAUGGGCGCCGUCGACGCUGUUGAUUGUGGACGGGCUCAAGCGCGCCGGGCAGACAGAGCUAGCGGGCAGGAUCGCCCGGGCCUUCUGCAACGCGUUCAAGAUUGGCGGCUCGGCCGAGAACUUUAACGCGCUCACGGGCGAAGCGAACCGCGACACGGCCUACUCGUGGACCGCGAGCGUGUUCCUCGUCCUCGCGAGCGAGUACUUGUAG